CUCGCCAUGUUUCCUCUUCGUAUCGCUCUGAGCUCGACGCGUCCGCGUCAUGCUCUUUACAGUGCCACUCCAACACUUUUUUUGAACAGGUACUGCUCGAAAACAGAUAAGCCAGAGUCUCCUUCAGAGAAACCGAUUGCACUACCGCCAAAAAAGCGACUCGCUAUAGUUACUUGUAUGGAUGCUCGGAUCAACCCAUUCACACAGCUCGGCCUCGAAGAAGGAGAUGCCCAUAUCAUACGAAAUGCUGGCGGAAUGGCAAAAGAUGCGUUGCGAAGUAUAAUUAUAUCACAGCGACUUUUGGGGACUCGGGAGAUAGCCGUCUAUCACCACACGGGCUGUGGCAUGGUUACAUUCACCGGUCCAUCUCUGCGAAGGAUGUUGAGUGAUGCAGACCCACAAAAUCCUCAAGUCACCGAGCAGGCCGACGAGAUCGACUUUUUGGAGUUUGAUGAUCUGGAGCAAUCGGUCAGGGACGACGUGAUGUUUCUGAAAGAAAGUCCUUUGGUAAUGAAGGGCACCAAAAUCACUGGCUGGGUCCAUUAUAUGGAGACAGGCCAGGCUGUGCAGGUAGUAUAACUGUUAUAAUGCAUUUCUGGGUACUUUCGUACAGUAUCGCUGC